AAAUGCGUCUCUAGGCGCCGUAAGAUGCCGCAGCCUGACCGAACAGGAGCUUUGGGCGUGUUUCACAGUGACGUCACUUGCAUAUGUCAUCCGACGCUGCAGCAAUGGAGGAAGUAAGAGUAUUUCCACUAUCGGGUGUGGUCCAAAACUAUGCCUGGGGAAAAUUGGGAUUCAACAGUGAAGUGGCCAAACUUAUCGCUGGAAGUGACCCUUUGGUGAUCAUUGAAGAUGACAAGCCUUACGCAGAGCUUUGGAUGGGUGCUCAUCCUAAAGGAGAUGCCCUCAUCAAGGACAAUCGAAUACGGCAGAAGACACUGAGCCAAUGGAUAGCAGACUAUCCAGGCUGCCUGGGGUCAAAGGUCAAAGACACCUUCCAGGGACAGCUACCUUUCCUGUUUAAGGUUCUAUCAGUGAACACGGCGCUGUCUAUCCAAGCCCAUCCCAAUAGGGAGCUUGCGGCAAAGCUUCACGCGCAGUUUCCUCAGCACUACCCAGACGAAAACCACAAGCCUGAGAUGGCAAUCGCACUAACUCAGUUUGAGGGACUCUGUGGUUUUCGCCCUGUUCAAGAAAUUUUAGGAUUCCUCAAAUCGGUCCCCGAGUUCCACACCCUGGUGGGCUCUGAUGCGGCAGCAGAGCUGAGGCGCAGUGCGGAGGAUGCGGGCCACGUGCCGGCGGUUCUCAGGAAGUGCUUCACGCACAUGAUGAACUGCGAGAAGAAGGUGUUUGUGGACCAGCUGAACGUGCUGGUGAAGAGAGUUACAGAGGAAGCUGCUGCAGGGAAGGACACCUCAGGCAGUAAUGGUGAUCUGUUACUACGGUUACACUCGCACUUCCCUGGUGACAUCGGCUGCUUUUCCAUCUACUUCCUGAACCGUGUCACCCUUCAGCCUGGGGAGGCCAUGUUUCUGGGGGCCAAUGAGCCACACGCCUACUUGUUCGGAGACUGUAUUGAGUGCAUGGCUUGCUCGGACAACACGGUGCGCGCCGGCCUGACGCCCAAAUUCAUCGACGUCAGCACCCUCUGUGAGAUGCUGGAUUACAGCCCCGCCCCCCCCAGCGCCAAAAUCUUCUCUCCUGUGCCGGACCCCUCUGACCCCUGCGUCUUCCUUUACGACCCCCCUGUGCCCGACUUCACCGUCAUUAAGAUACAGGUUCCAGCUGCAACCAAGCAGUACCUGCUGUCUCCACUGGACUGCGCGGGGAUCCUGCUCGUGGUGCAGGGGGAGGCCACUGCCUCCUCGCCCGCCGCCCUGUCUGACCUUCACCUUGGCCGCGGAUCUGUGCUCUUCAUCUCGGCCAACGAGGGCGUGAUCCUGCACACCCUCUCCCCGUCUGGCAUGACGAUGUUUCGUGCUUGCUGUCUCCUGUAACCCCUCCCCGCCGUCUUGUGUUGGCCCUCAUGCCAAGAUAAAACCAGCAAAAAGCAGGGGCUCUAUGUGAAAUCUUGAACCUUGGUUCAGCUGCUACAGUUCAGUAGACCUUGCAGACAUAUAUAGUAAAACUGUUGAUAAGCACAAUGAAUAAAGGACACCCCCCCCCCCACGCACACACACACACACACACACACACACACACGCACGUACCAGUAUUCUGAAGAAUGAAGCAUUACAGUCCUCAAAGCAUCCUUCUCUCAGAUCGUGAAUGAUUCAGCCGGAAAUAAAUUACAUCUAUUUAUCUAUUUAUCUACAGUUAUUGCGCCAUGAAAAGGUGUUUGUGCAUGAUUUGAAAAUGGGAGUCAACCACCAUAGAAAUGCCUGCUCUUUGCAUAUGCCUGAAUCUUGAAUUAUUAGUGUCAUAUUAAUCCCUUAUUUUACACAGUGUCAGCCAUCUCCCUACUGAGAAUUAGAGCUUUAAGUAUUUCAGACUAAUUGAAAAAAAAAGUUCUUCCAUUAUAAUAAAGAUGACGGGCUUUAUACCAGUUUUAAUUUUAUCAUCUGGAGUUGCGGGGACUGGUUAAAAAUGGUCCAGGUUAAACUGGGAAACAUAUGCAAACCUCUGUUUAACUGGCAGACUUACCAGUAGAAUCAGUUUAUCUUAUUAUGAGCCUUUGGAGAAGUAUUAUAGAAACAUGGGAAGACCAACACUAUCUACACCGUCCUUAAGUUCAACUGCUACUGAAGCCUCUUUCCUCAGUAUGUUGACCAGAAAGUCAAAUUAUGCUUUGUUCUUGAACAGCCAAGGUUGGAAGACUGUUGUUUGGCACUAUACUGUACCUUGUAUCUUAAUAAUAAUUACCUCCUAUGAGGUUUGAAUGUACUGUUAUUGCAUAAAUAGUCUGAAGUGAUAUCUACAAUUGAGAGAAUGCAUUUUGCACGACUGAAUGAGUCUGCAUUUUUAAGUCCAGCAUGGGUUUGUACUUGAGACUGUCAGAAUGUGGAAAAUCUCAAUAAAGGUUUGUUCAGAAGUAACAGUGAA